AGGACACAGUUCACUAAGAUAUCAUAAUGACUAUGUGGUCGGUACUGUUGUUUACUGUAUUGGUUGUUAGUCAUUCCUUUGCGGAUGACUUCAAUGAUAAGAAAUGCCAGUCGGGUGUGACCUUUCACGGUGAGACAGCUGACAAAGUUGUAGAACUACUUUCCAAUAGAUGUGGAUGUAAACAAAACAAGGAGUGCAAUAACGAUAAUGAAGAUUUGGAGGAAGAGCAAGGGGCGUGUAAAGUCAAGAGACCAUCUGACUGUAAUGACUUGGAUAAAUCUUCGUGUAAAAGUGGAAUCUACAAGAUUUACCCUGACAAGACUUCCGGUUUCAGCGUUUUCUGUGAAAUGGAGAAGUAUGGUGGCGGCUGGACAGUAUUCCAGCGGAGGAUGAAUGGUAAAAUUAAUUUCUACAGAGACUGGGAAUCGUAUAAACGUGGAUUUGGUAAUAUGAAAGGAGAAUAUUGGUUAGGAAAUGAACACUUGCAUCAGCUGACUUCACAAGGAAAGUACAUGAUUAGGAUAGACAUGUCAGACUUUGAAAACAGUAAGAGACAUGCUGUAUAUAGCAAAUUCUCAGUUGGUAGUGAAAGUUCAGGAUAUAAAUUAGAUGUCACUGGUUACUCAGGGGAUGCAGGUGAUGCUAUGAAGGUGCAACAAAAUGGAAACAAAUUUUCAACGAUGGAUAAAGAUAAUGACGUAUAUAAACAUAACUGCGCUGCAAUGUUUAAGGGUGGAUGGUGGUACGGCGCAUGUCAUGAAAGCAACUUGAAUGGCCUCUAUCUAAAAGGAAGCCACAAAUCGUAUGCUGAUGGUAUAAACUGGUUGCAAUGGAAAGGUCACAACUACUCACUAAAAACAACAACCAUGAUGAUCCGAAGAACAUAAACUGACAUACCUAAUCCCUAAAAAUAAACAAAUAAUGAUCGAAGUCUUUAUUGUAAUCAAUUAGAUAUAUUCAGUAUUCCAAGCAUAUAUUUUAAAAGUAAAUAAGUGUUGAAAAGGUCUU